AUGGCUCUGAUAAUGCAAAGCAACAGUCCGCAAAGCUAUCGUCACAAGAAGUUCGACCUGAGGCGUCCGCGCUGCGACGAGCUGGGGCUGCAGAUCAAGGAGGAGCUGCUCGCACGCCUAGCCACACCUGGCAGCAGCUGUGGCCAUGGCUACAACAGUGGGCUGGAUGGUGAGGACAGCAGGAGCAGCCAGUGCUCCAGCGAGUACAGCGAUCUGCUUCUGUCGCUGCCCAAGCGGCGACGUCUCAAUAGCACCAUAUGCGAUGGCUCUAAUGGCUCGGAGUCUGCAUCUUCCUCGCAAUCCCUGCCGCCCGCCAUCAGUCCGGAGGCGCUGAGAGACAUUUGUAAAUACCAUGGAAAUAUGGUGCGAAAAUUUCCCAAGAAAGAACGUACGCCCAAGGAUCAGGAUAGACGCAAUAAGAACACAAUUGCCUGCCGUAUGAGCCGACGUGUUAAGAAGCUCGAACUCCUGGCCAUCGAGGAGCAGUACAAGGAGUUCACCGCGCAGCAUCUCAAGAUUGUGGAGCAGAGCAUGCGAGCCAACGCCUAUUUCAAUCAUCUCAAUCAGCUCGUCAAGCACGAUCAGCCCAAGAGUGCACCCCUGUCGCCAGCUCCAGUGCCGGCCAAGAACUUCAGUAUUGACUAUUUGAUCAACGGCAUUAAGAGCGAACAGUGUUAG